AUUCCCCUCGCUACAACUGAGCAUCCCACAUCGGAGCUUCUGAAAUGGUCGGGUUCUAUUUGGGAUAAGGGCAAGCCAAUCCUGUGUGAGAAGGCACAUUAGUCUAUAUUGCACUCUACUGAACAAUUAACACGCAGACUGACAGCUUCAAAACUGACAGAAAGCAAAGCAAUCAUCUAAGAAGCUAAUUGACAUGGGCGCGACAUCUAAAGGCAACGAUUUCACUGCAUCGGUGAGGACCAGCCUAGUGAAAUUGAACUUUUCGUGUUAGCCUACGACUUAUCUUCGUUUAUCAUGAACGAAACACAACGUUUGUCUGCCUGUGGAUCCAUGGAAUCUUGUCACAACUUCUAUUUUUAAAUUAUAUUUAAUUAACCCAUGGGCUACUUGCAAGCAGUUCAAUGAAAAGUUGAAGGACAGUUAACCUAAACCUUGACAAAGACGUGUUAUUCAACCUGAAAAACGUUUGUUAGUCUUCAUUCGGUCACGCAGGCACCUCUCUUCAGAAGACUUUGGUUCACCGAAGACUGGAGACGCUGAAAUGCUGAUGAAAGAGUACAGAAUAUGUAUGCCACUUACCGUGGAGGAGUACAGGAUAGGCCAGCUGUACAUGAUCAGCAAGCACAGUCUGGAGCAGAGCGAGCGCGGAGAGGGCGUGGAGGUCGUCCAGAACGAGCCCUACGAGGACCCCACGCACGGCCUGGGCCAGUUCACCGAGAAGCGCGUCUAUCUCAACAACAAGCUGCCAAGCUGGGCAAGAGCAGUGGUCCCCAGAAUAUUCUAUGUGACCGAGAAGGCCUGGAACUACUAUCCACACACAAUCACAGAGUACACAUGCUCAUUUCUGCCCAAGUUCUCCAUUCAUAUAGAGACUAAGUAUGAGGACAACAAAGGCAGCAACGACAACAUUUUCGACGGCGUGGAGGAGAAGGAUGAGACAACGGAGAUGUGCUUCAUUGACAUCGCCUAUGAUGAGAUCCCUGAGCGCCAUUACAAAGACUCAGAGGACCUGCGCUACUUCACGUCAGAGAAGACGUCCAGGGGUAUGCUGAAGGAGGACUGGAGGGACACCCAAGAGCCAAUCAUGUGCUCCUACAAACUGGUGACCGUCAAAUUUGAAGUGUGGGGCCUACAGACCCGCGUGGAACAGUUUGUUCACAAGAUUGUUAGGGACGUCCUUCUGUUGGGUCACAGGCAAGCAUUUGCUUGGGUUGAUGAAUGGAUUGACAUGUCCAUGGAGGAGGUGCGGGAGUAUGAGCGCGUCACGCAGGAGGCCACCAACAAGAAGAUCGGCUCCUUCCCCCCCGCCAUCACCAUCAGCCAGACCCCGCUGGCGUCCUGCGGCCCCUCCAGCGCGCCCACCACCCCGCUCGCCACCGAGCCCCCCGACUUCCUGCCCGUGCCCAAGGACCUGCCUCGCAAGAAGUCGGCCCCCGAGACGCUCACGCUCCCCGACCCGUCUCGCCGCCGAAGCUCCUCUUACCGGCUGCCCAGUUUGUUCUCUUGGCCCAGCUCGUCCCAGAACGAGUGAGAGACACUCCCAUGGAGCGGAGCAUGCAGCCAGUGGGGAGGCCAUGUUUCUGAAUCGGUUAUGGUUCUGUCUGAGACAGACAUGGGAAGAGACAGACCCAAGGCACAUGCUCAACAUAUACUGUACUGUACAGCAGAGACUCCAGACCUUCAGACCUGUUCAUCCUGAGGAGGUUUCCAGGCUUUUUUUUUUCAGGUUUUGUGUAAACCGUCUCACCUAACUGUUUCAGAAAAUCUCAGGAUUCGAGAACACAGAAUAAGAGGCAGAAUUUCAAGACAAGAAUUCCGUGGCUUAAGCAGAAACAGAUUGAAUUGCUGAAUGACAACAACUUUGAGUAAAAAAAGAGUAUGAUAUAUGGAGCCAGGAACAGUUUACAUUUUAGGGCCCCAAAAACCGAGAUGCGUUGUUUUGUCAAAGGCACACUACAUGUGUGAGCUGUCCAAAGCAUUCACCAGGCCCCUCCAGUGCCACCAACCGACUGAGGAGGGUCAUGCAUUCACUGCUGAACUGUCAAUCAUUUUAUUCUCCAAUUCCUGAUGUAGUGCACCUAGUGAUGUCAGUUUAUUGUACAUAGUGAUGUCAGUUUCUACUGUAUGAUAUAUUCAGACUGGUUUUCCAAAGCCUAUUUUGAACAUCUCUUCUCAGACUGUGGUCUUCGUGGCCAUUAAAUUGUGUGUGUAGUUUUAGAGACACUUAAGUGGAAGUGAUACCAUAUCUCAUUGAUUUUGUUGCAUGAAUUUGGUGAGCUACAGUACCUGUGGUUUGGUUUCUGUGAAAGUAAAGAUUGAAUUGCAUCAACAAUA